CGGGCGUGGAGCUGACAGACAGACACUGCCAUCAUGGAAGCUGGUGAUGACGGAUACCUGCGACACAACCUGAAGCAUGUGGUCAUCACAGCGACGUGUUUUGCUUUUGUCUUGUCGACGGUGUCAGUGGGGCUGCGCAUUCUGUCGAGACGGAUGGUGAGGAGUGGUUUGUUUAUGGAUGACUUUCUGAUCAUGUUGGCUUUGGUCUUUGAAUUUGGCAUUUGCGCUGCUGGUGUUGUCUUGUUGUACAAUGGCCUCGGAGUGCACAUUUCUGAAGUCCCUCCCAACCAACUCACCAUCUAUCUCAAGACCCUCGCCUCCGGCUCUUUCCUCUACACCCUCUGCGUCGCCUGCAUCAAACUCUCCAUCCUGGCCCUCUACAAACGCCUCUUCCCCAUCAAAUUCAUGGUCAACUCGGUGAACUUCGUCGCCGCCCUCCUCGUCCUCUGGGCCUUUGGCGUCUGUCUCAUCGGCGCCGUCACCUGCAUCCCGUUUGAGAAAUUAUGGAAUCCCAUGAUUCCCGGUGGCUGCAUCGAUCUGCCCAAGUUCUACUACGGCUCGCAGGUGCCGAAUAUUGUUUCUGACGCCGUCAUUCUCGUCAUGCCCAUGCGGGUCGUGUGGUUGCUGCCGAUAUCGAACAAACAGAAGACGCUGUUGUCGGGGAUUUUCGUGCUGGGGUUUUUAACCCUCAUCUUCGAUAUCGUCCGUCUGGUUACGCUCAUCCAGCUAUCUGAAAAAGGAAACGAUGUGACAUACAACCAAGUCCCAUCCAGUGUGUGGACAUGCAUCGAGCCAGCCGUCGGCAUCACCGCAGCCUGUCUAUCGAACAUGCGCCCUCUCUGGGCCCUGUUCACCAAGAAGUACUGGACAGCGCCGGAUUCGACGUCGCGAGGAAGCGCCGUCAAGGAGACGCUGGCUGAGUAUCAGGGGAGGUGAUAUUUGUAAUGUUUAUGUAUAUAUGAUAUGUAAUUUAAUUGAACUGUUCUAUCUGUCAAUCUUGAAGCUUAUUCCACCGUCGA